AUGGUGGGCCACGCUUUCAAAUAUCUCCACUGCCCUCGCAUCCCUCCCAGCAUCUAUGUCAAAGUCAAAUCACAAACUACUGCAGCACUGCGAACCAUAUUCGCGCACGUCGUCGUGCCCACAGAAAUGCCCGCCAAGGAAGACUUUGGAGAUAUCGACUUCCUCGUCUCCAGCGCGCUCCACUUUCCACACAGCAACAAUGCCAAGAAUUUCGACUGGGAAGGUUGCGUCUCACGCAUCAAAUCAACCCUCAACACCAGUCAUGGCCGCCGGGGUUUCAAGAACCCGGGGUGCAUGUACUUUGCCAUCCGUGUGCCCGAUACUGAAGACUACUAUUGGGUUCAGGUUGAUGUCAAAGUCUGCUUCAAGCCGGACAUGUUUGAGUGGGAGACCUUUGAGCUGAACUAUGCGAGCAACAGCAAGAUGAUUGGUAGCAUGGUGAAGCCGCUCGGGUUGACGAUUGAUCCCAAAGGACUACACGUGCGUGUCGAUGAGAUAGAAGCUACGAAUUUUCUUGGGAGCAUGGUCUGGGUGAGCAAAGAUCCGAGAGAUGUGUUGAGGAUCACGGGGCUUGACAGGAGAAUUGUAGAUGCCGGCUUCAAGACGAAGGAAGAGAUCUAUGGAUAUUUCACCGGGUCCUGGCUUUUCAACCCAGCACACUUUGCGGCUCGACUUGGCGAAGAGCAGUACUUUUGCCGAUUGGAAGAUCGCUCGCCUCACUGGACUUACUUCAUCAAAGAGUGGGUGCCGAAACACUAUCCUGGCUACUGCUUUGGGCAAGAUGAACCUAUUCGAAGUGUCUCUUGUGAGUACAAUGAGAGCCAGGUCAGUCUUGAGCUGCAUGAGUGGUACAAGCGAACUCGGGCAUGUGUGCGCGAGAAGGUCUUCAUAAUGUUUCCACAUAUCCCGUCUGGGUACUACACGAAGCGAGCUGCACAUGUCAAAGAACAAGAAGAGCACAGACUGCGAGCCAUAAUCAUGGCAGCUCUUCCAGUAGGCGAGAUAGGUUGGAAAGAUGAGUUCCACAAGCCCCAGAUCAAAAUCAAACAGCCAGAGCCAGUGGAGCCACGCACGUCAGAAUUCAAGCCCACGGCUGCUGGAGAACUUACACCUUCUUUAACUCCUAUCGAGGACAGUUACAUCAACUACGUGGGAAUGUGGAAGAAGAUGUUUGAAAAGGAGGAUGGGAAGGCCGAGAAGAAGAGGGCAGAAGAGAAAAUGCGGGCCAAGUCCGAGAAUAUCGUGGCGGCAGAAGGAGAGAGAAUCACGGCGAGACUGAAGGCGCUGAAUUUGAGCCUUUGUUUCAUUGAGAAAAAUUGA